GGAACUCUAGCAUGGCCAGAUGCUAUCUACUUUGCCAAGACUUAUUUCUGGGCUAGCUUCAGUUAUGACCCUCUGGAUUUCCAAGCUCUGUGGUAUGUUAAUGCCCCCAGUGAGCUCAGAAAAUUCAACCAUUGGUGGUACCUUCAGAGCUUUGACCGAUUAUCUCAAGUUGGUAAGUAG